AUGCUGGAUAGCCGAAUACCGCAUAGUGAGCUAUUAACGCAUUCUUUUCUAACCCCGACGCACAAUAAAUCCUACCGGAAGAAAAACUCGAGAAAAAGAAAAAGAAAAACAAAUGACCAGCUUUUACUACUGCAAAGGGAAUUUGAAAAUAACCCAGAAUGAAGCAAAGAGUCAUUAGCCCGCCUAACAAAAUUAACUGGCCUAAGUGAAGCUCAAGUGUACAAAUGGGGCUGGGACCAGAAAAAGAAGAUUGAGUUUUCUUCUUAUUCUAAGUCAUCAUCGACAGUCAGCUUAGCUCAGCUUUUUGGUUCAUUUUUUUGCAGUCAACCCAAUUUUUAUAAAAUAUUUUUGAUAUAUAAUAUUUUUAACCAAAAACUGUUAAUUCUGGGACUAAAUAUUUAAAUGGGAAAAAAAAGACCAAAUUUCUUUAGAAACUAAUAAAAAACAAAAAAUCACUAACCAGCUUUUUGAGGACACUUGUGUACAAAUUUGUUGGAAACCUCAAGAAAAUAGCAUAGUCGAGCUGCCUGUGGAUAAUAAUAUGAAGUGCAGAGAAAUUAUGCCGCCACUUGGGGUUGAUAUGGAUUUAUUAACGAUUCAAAAAUCGUAUCGAAGUAAUAUGGAAGCCUUUGGGCUUCGUAGGAAUAUAUAG